AUGUCGUUGCGUUCUUCAAUCGCCCCUCUGCGCUCCGCCGCAUCCGCCUACAAUAAACAGCCUUUCACUUCGUCUUUUCUUUCUCAACGACUUACCUCCACAACACCUUUCACCCGCAACUUUUCAGCAUCUACCGCCAACAUGGUUCAAAAAGUCUACUUCGACCUGACCUGGACCGGUCCUACCAUCAAAGUCGACGACAAAGGCACCACCAUCUCCAACGACAAGACCAACAAGGAGCAAUCUCAGCGUGUCGUUUUCGAGCUCUUCGACGAGGUUGUCCCCAAGACUGCCGAGAACUUCCGCGCCCUCUGCACUGGCGAGAAGGGUUUCGGCUACGCCGGCUCCAAGUUCCACCGUGUCAUCGGAGACUUCAUGCUCCAGGGUGGUGACUUCACCCGUGGCAACGGCACUGGUGGCAAGUCCAUCUACGGCGAGAAGUUCGCCGACGAGAACUUCAAGCUCCGCCACGACAAGCCUUUCCUGCUCUCCAUGGCCAACGCUGGCCCCAACACCAACGGCUCGCAGUUCUUCAUCACCACCGUCGUCACCUCGUGGCUCGACAGCCGUCACGUCGUCUUCGGCCAGGUCACUCCUGGUGACAAGGAGGCCUACGCUGCCAUCCGCUCAAUCGAGGCCAUCGGCAGCCAAAGCGGUACUGUCAGCACCAAGCCUGCACCAACCAUUGCUGCCGCUGGUGUGGCGUAA